AGAAAGAGGAUCCUAGAUGACAAAGGACAGAAGAAAGGGAAGUGUUCUUCACUUGCAUUCUGUCCCAGGAGUGUGGGAUCUCUCACAAAGCACAGGGAAAGGUUGACAGACCUGUGGUUCUGGGAGAAUGGGAGAACCUGUGCAAAUAGUGGUGUUUGUGAUGGCUUUCGUCACCUGCAACGCCCUCCUGGAUCUGACUGGUGUUCACCAGGUCCAGGGCACAUGGAUGGGAUCUGUCACUUUACCAUGUACCUACAUGCCCUCAGAUGGUUUUACACAGCAAACGCUCAUCUGGAGCAUGGAGAGAGACCACAGCACCUCCACCAUCUUUCGGAGGGACUAUUCCGGGGACCACAUCCUGCUGUCUCAGUUCCGAAACCGGGUCAGUGUCCCAAAGCACAGCCCAGGGAAUGCCUCACUCUUAAUUGAGAACCUUGAAAUCCCUGAUAGUGGACACUACACCUGUCAAGUCACCUGGAGGACUAAAAAUAACAGUGUGAUCACAAGGGAGAUGACCACUGCGGUUAAAGUUGUCAAAGUGGCAGCAACCAAGCCCAUCAUCAGGGCCGGCGAACUGGGGCUCACAGUACCCGCAGGAGCCAGGACCAGCCUGACCUGUGUGGCCAGCGGGUCCCCCCCCAUCAGCUACCGCUGGUUCAGGGGCACCCCGGGAAGGAAAGCCCUGUUGCUGAGCAGGCAGGCUGAGCUGGUGUGGGACAGCCUGCAGCCCUCCGACACUGGGAAGUACUACUGUGAGGUGGAAAACAGGGCUGGGGCUGGGGCUGUGCAGCAGAGCGAUGCUGUUGAGCUCACAGUGACAGGGUCCCCAGUCACACAGCAGACCACCCCUGGGACAGGCCAACACACCACACCCCUGUUCACCCCUCGAGGCAAUGGGCCCCAGCCAGUGACCACAGGUCUGACCGCAACGAAGCAGCGCUCCGAGGGGGGUCCGGAGGAGCCUCCUGUUGCCACGGGUCUCCCCGCGGCCCGGUACGCGCUGCCGGCCGCGCUGGCCGUGGCGCUGGGGGUAGCCGCGCUUGGAGCGCUCCUGACCGCACCGCGGUGCCGGCGGCGGAAUGCGGAGGAACUUCUCUAUGAAGUUGCUUUCCACAGCACUGCAGAUGUCACCAGACUGGAGACUGAUGGGGAAGUCCCUGUUAUGUGCCCACACAAAGAUACAAAUUCUAAGACUGAAACAUCCAAUGACACUUUCACUGUGAAAGACAGCAGCCUUGACAGCAUCCACGUGAGGAAAAAUCCUGAGUAUGAGAACCUUAUGAAUGCAAUGGAAUUGGAAUAUGAAACAGAAAGAAUUUAGCAGAGUACCAUCUUUUGCAUAUGAGUAGUUGUGCGGGCUGCAGAUAUUGAAUGGUAAACUUCACCAAAGGAAACUCAUCUUCCUGUCUACCUCCUGCUCUGACAAAUAUACCAGCCUCACUUUAACCUAGCUAACUUCCUUUAACUCAGGGGAACCUUCUUGGGCUUUGGCAAAUGAGGCCUGCCCAUUGGUGCAGAAACCCUCCACCAAGUGGUUAUCUACCUAGUUCUGUAGAGCAAAUAAUUUCUCAGCAGCCUGAAGGUCCAAGGUGAGGAAGACUGGAUCUGAAGGAGUGGAAACACAAAUGUCUUUAAUCUGGUGUAGCUGAGUGUGACACUGCCAAUAACACUGGCAAGGUGUACUCUCAAAGGCAUAUUCCUUUGUUUGUACAUCCCAGAAUGUGAGGAGCCAUGGACUGUGCUGGAAAUUGUUGUCCUCUAGCUUUUACAGCUCAACAAAUAUUGGUUGUACAUCCUCUUUGUCCUUAUGUCUUUUUUGUUAGAGCAUGGCAAACAGACCUCAUAGCGUGGGCUGAUGUUCUAGGAAUGUAAUUUUUCCUAUCAGAACAGAGCUCAUUGCUUAGACGAAGAGGGAAUGGCCCUGUAAGCGAUGAGCUGCCUACCUGCCACCCUCUUUCUUUUUUUCCUGGAAAAGCAGAAUUUGUCUUGAAGGAAAUGCUAGCAUUUUAUUUUUACAAUGUGGGGCCAAAGGCAUAAUAAAAUAGAGAGAAAUUUGAGGCAUUUUGAACAAUGAUUGAGCAAGGGACCUCCCUGGACACAACAGAGUGACAGUGAUUCACCCUGUGGGACACGAGUCAGUGUGAUUACAACAGAGAUAGUCAUACUGGCCUAUGUUAUGGGGAUGCUGUAAGUGCUCAUGUUUCUAAAAUGCCUUGAAAAGUGCUUUAUUAGCAUAAUGUAUUUUCUUUCCAAGGACAAAUACAAAAGGCUUCAAAAGA